CGUUAUUCAUUUUGUUCUAAAUUUAUAAAUCUGUUUCAGAUUAUUGUAGAGAAACUGAUAUAUUGAAUAUGCCGACAGAGGUAGACGAUUUUACACAGAAACUCCUUGAGCGAACAAUGGCUCGUCGGGAGGCCAUGCAGCAAAAGAUGAUUGAACACUCGAUGCCGCAAGCGAGGAAACGCCGACCACUAGAGGCGCAAGAUAACAUAGAAACAACAAAUAAUGACGAGGUUUCGAUGGAGGUCGACAACCAGGGUGGUGGGAAGUUGGGAACAUCACAAUCACCAAACAAGCGUUCUCGAAUGGACGACAAACACAAUGAGAAUAAUCCGUCAUCCAAGACGACAGGUGAAAGUUCAAAGGUUAGCGAUCGGAUGAAGAGAAUUCUCAACCAACGUAAACAAUGGGAGGCCGCAGAUCAAGGAUUAGACGUCGAUUUCACAAAUGUUCCGUCACCUGUUCGCAACGAGACUGGGGGAUUCCCCGAUACUGAUACCAAGCGCCAGGUUGAUAGCGGCAGGAGGGCAAGACUUGCUGCCUUGGCCGAGAAAGUUAGUAAUUAUGAAGAUGAUUAUUCGCACCAUAUGUGUCAACCAAGCCCUGAGAAAGAGAAGAAGGUUUGGAAACCCGGGGUCGGUCGUAAAACCCCGAUGAGUGAAGCUUAUCAGUCGGCCGUGUUGCAACCAGUGCAACCAACAAAAGAAGCAGCUGAGGUGAAAGAGGAGAAGAAAGUGAAACAAAUAUCGAACCGGGUGUCGCUGUCGAUUGAAACUUUGGCUCAGUUUGCUACAAACACACGAGAUGUAAAACGAGUUGAAACGCCAACUAAGACAAAUGCUCCCACCAAGUUCAGCAGCAACAAGAUAACGCUGAGUCAUGCAAAUAAUGCUGAAUCACCAGCGAUGACAUCAUCACACCAGGUUACCCCGACAACCAAGAGUCUUCAACAACGGAUGAUUGAGUUGCAGAAGAAUGGAUGUAAAGCUGAAACAUCGGGCGUCGAUAAAUUGAUGGAGGAACGACAGCGUGAGCUCGAUUUGCUAAGGGGGGAAGAUGGGACAGAUGUGGGGCAAGAUGAGACCGAAGUGGGGCAAGUUGGCACUGGUGUGGGACAAGAUGAGACAGAAGUGGGGCAAGUUGGCACUGGUGUGGGGCAAGAUGAGACAGAAGUGGGGCAAGUUGGCACUGGUGUGGGGCAAGGUGGUUUGGCGGAGGAACAAGAUAGUUCAGAUGUUGAGGGUGUAGAAGAGAAGGAUGUGGUGGAUGCUCCAUAUGAGGAUGAGGAGGAUGAAGAUAGUGAUGAAGAAGGAGAGGGUUGCAUGUUGGAGGAUGAGGAUCUGGAUGAGGUGGAAACAGAUUUGUGCGAAACAACAACGGAAGAUUCAUUGUAUAUGGGUGGGGAUUCCCCUGUUCCAGGAACACAAGAUGACAAAGCGUUAGAGGUCGGUGGGGUGGAAUCAAUGAAGCGAAACGAUCACAUGACAAGUGAAGUUAUAGAUACGAGCGUGGAUGAAACCCCGGCCACCCCGGAUGAUGUUGGAGACUCCAUGAUUGAUGAUUUAUUUGAAGGGGUUGAUUAUGAGGAGGGGCCGCGCACCCCAUCACCCUUCGCACCCACGCUUACAAGGCAGAAGAGUAAACUGGAGAUCAAAUGUGAACUUAGUGUGCGAAAACAAACGUGCAACGAGGCCGAGGACACCCACCCCGUGUUACGACAACCCAGUCGUAGAUUCCGUCCCUUAGCUCGUUCCACCUCAUCAGAGUCUGUUGUAUCAUUGGGCGGCGAGAAGAAGGAAGACAAGUUUCCCGUGUUUACAAUCGACUCUUAUAGAACAGAGAAACGGAAGUCAAUCAGCAGAAAACAAACAGAGAACAAGAAGGUUGUUCGUAACGAGAGCGUACAAAGUGUUGCUCCACAGAAGGCAAGGACAGUAAAGGAGAAGAUCUCCAGCUUAAUGGAUGAGAUACAACAUCAACAACGAGUGAUCCAACAAGCAAGUGCUGCGUUGAAUUGUUGUUACGACACCAACCAUGGGAAAGGUUCAAUUACUGAGUUGGAAGCCGAGAAGGUUCUGCUCAUCGCCAGUGAGAAGCGACUUGCGUUACUUGCUGAGGUUCAAAGGUUGAAGUCGGAAGCCGUGACAGGAUCCCCCGACACCACGCAGCCGUGUCAAGGAAACCUCAUCAUCAAGAACUUACGACUCCCGUUAAGGACGGAAUAUAUUUUCUCAAUGGCAAGCAAGAAAGAUUCGGGAGACAUCCGCAGCCAUUAUUACUUCCUCCUCAUAAGAUGCGGACCCACACGUAUCCUUGCUACCCAUCUCGCAUCAACACAUGACUCGUUAUCGGGAGAUUCAUUGGUGUUCAAGGAUUCGUUUAAGUUGGAGGAACUUGAAAGUGAUUUUGACAUCACAAUAGAAGUAUACAGCGUGACGCAUCGUUCACGUGCCGACGGGGUUCCCAACCAGGAGAAAUCGAAACGUAAAUUAUCGGGGAUCCUGCACAAGUCACUCACCCCACGUAAACUACGAUCGCGCACCCACAUGACGAUGACCCACACAGCAAGCCCCGGGGGCCCCAACGCGAUACGCAUCAGUAGUUUCUCGCUUAUAGGGGCGGUGGUGGUCAAACUACAAGAUGUGGAAUCAAGGAAAUUUACUCUGCAGAAGGUCCCAUUCUUGUCCCCAAUAUCGGGGCAGUUCGUUUGCGAGAUUGAAUCGGAUUUCGAGUCAAGCGUUGAACAACGAGGUUUCUUGACAAUGUUUGAUGACGUGGGUGGGUUAGGGGCGUGGCACCGACGAUGGUGUGCCCUCACCCGUGGUGUGUUGUAUUCAUGGACCUACCCCGAUGAUGAGAAACAUAAGGAGGCGCUAUGCAAGCUCGAGAUAAACAAAUGCAUCAGCGAGCGUAUUCGCACGGUUGAACGGAUAAUGUGCGCGCGUCCCAACACAUUUGAACUACGAACCAUGCGUCCACGAAGACACGGAGAUAAAGACAAUCUCAUCACGCAAGAUACAGGAUCGGUUAUCACCACUAAACAUUGGUUGGCAGCCGACACGAAAGAUGAGAGGAUCGCUUGGAUCGAUUCGAUGAACCAAGCGCUUGCUGAUGUUCGAGCAUGGGAUGUGAACGCACUUAAACCGCUUAAAUAAAUCCUACAUUGUAGUAACUUAAUCCAAACCUUUGUAAAAACUUUGUGCAGCUUUGUACAUACUACUCAAUACUGCCAUCUUCUGGUACAUAUAUACUGCCCUUAAGUGUAAACGCAGUCAUGAUUUUAUCGGCACCAAAUAAACCAUGUAACUAUAUUGU